AUGUCUGGAUAUGACCCUGGGCGGAGCCCACAUGACCAGUCUCGGGAUGUCUUGCCAGCCUCACAAUACUUGCAGGACCGGCUGCACGAACGGCGCGCCCGAAACACCCGUCCCAAGCGAUCACGACACACAGACUUCGGGCCUCAGAAGGGACGCGACGAUGACAUCUUCCUCGACGAAGCCGAGCAGUCCAAACACGCAAGAAUGUUCGACAGUUCACCAAUGGUGCAUAGCACGAUGGGGUCGGACGCAGGCAGCAGCGGUAGGCGGCGGCGUCGGACACUGGGAAUCAGAGACAUGGACGAUCAGAUGGACCGUUUGACCAAAGAAAACUUCGCCUUGAAGCUGGAGCUCGAUCACCGUCGAGAGCAUACACUCAAGUUACAGGAGCAGAUUGAGACCAUGAAGGAGAGCGUCGCUUGGGCGGAGUCAGUAAGGAAUGAGCACCAGGAGCUCUUGCAGAUCAACUCUCAAAUGGUAAGUGAGAUGGAGCAGCGAGACAGAGCAGUGGAGGAGGCGAUGGACAUUAUAUGCGAUCUGGAGGACAGAGUAGCAGAACUCGGGGAGCGCAAUACGCAAACGCGACCUUCUACGGCCAACGCGGAUUCUGGGUACGCCGGAACCGAAACCUUGGAACAUGAGCCGUCGUCUUCACCUCCGCGACUACAGACUCAGGCGAAGACGCCCCAUGUUCGCGAUCGCAAGGCUGAGAAGUCUGCCGGAGCAGCAUCGCAGAACUUGCAGGACGUGUUGAACGACCAGACGCCGCCCAAAACCAAGAGACCACUGUCGAUCUUCAGCGAACAGAAGCCGAGUACGCAAGCGCUGCGGAGCGUGUACAUGGAGAACGCGAAGAGAUUGCAGCCGGUCAAGAGCUUCCAGUCGCUGCUUUCUCGCCAGGAAUCUCGACUCGAUGAAGAUGGCGAGCCGAUUCUUAACUCGCCUCGGCUCAGCGUCUUGAGCGAGAGCAGCUUCCCAUCCAUGUACAGCCCAAAGCAACAGUUCACCAGUCCAGACCGGUAUGCGUGGGAACACGAUGACGAAGAGGAUGCGCACGACGCACAGUUUGGCCCCAGGGGGCAUCUGCGACACGACAGCAUCAAGCGGGUCAGUCAAUGGAUUUCGGACAGGGACGGAGACGAGGCAACGCCGACUAAGUCGAACAGCAUAUCCACACCUUUGGCGAAUGGAGCGGAUUUCCUUCAGCAACCGCAGGCAGACCACUCAGCACACCAUCAGUCUCUGAAUGGCGCACUGCAGUCUGUCACCAAGUCACCCAGCUUGCCGUCGCAAAAUGAACAGGAUCGUAAGAUUGUUGCUCAGCCCAAAAAGCAGAAGCCUUCGUCCCAUUCGUCCCGCCUAACUAGUCUUGGCGGGCCCAUCUUUAACGAGCCGCUUCUACCACCCACGCCGGACAGCGCGAGCACUCGCAUGCUCCGUGCUUCAAGAUCCAGCAUUGCAGACGACAGAAGCCUGCUUGACACCACUCCAACCGUGGUCAAGGGAUACAGCGCUCUACUUGAGCCUCCGAUCGGGUCUGUCGUUCGGACUGCUCCAAGACAGAUGAGGUCUUCGGUCGAAUUGAGGACCGCCUACACAAGCAAUCUGCAGUAUCGCACCAAUGCUCUCGUCGCGCCUGGCCAAGAGGAGAGUUGGGACGGAGAAGAUGACGUGGAGCAUGAUCGCCGCUCAAGCAUCAUGGGCGACCUGGAUCUGGACUACGACGGCUUUCCGGAUGGUAAAUCGAUUGUGAUGGGUACACCUAGGAGGUUCCUCAAACACUCGAAGCCACCGGUCAGCGACUUGAUGUUCGAUGGCAACGGCUUCCAAGCCGCGCAGAUGGUCAAGUCGUCUUCCAGACGGCGCCAAUCCAGCGGACAUUUCACCACCGGCCCAUCGGCGAAGCCUCGACUGUCGCGCGCUGAGACAAGCCCAACCAUGCCUGGCAGCGUUGGCCAAAUGGUCGGCAGCGGAGAAAGGUCAGUAGAGAGCAUUACGAGUCCUCAUUCCGUCCACUCCGGUUCAUCCGGAGACGGCACCGUCACCCCGAGCGACGACCAGCGCGGUCAGGCCAUUUCUCCCAUGAGAACAGGCCCCCCGCCGGCCGGCUUGAAUUCGUCCCCGGGUUCGCGCAUGGUGUCUCGGUCUCCAGGCAGGAGGCUCAGUCAGAAGGCUGGGGGACUCUUCCGACGUCUUAGCAACAGUCGAGGAAGUGAGCGCGAGACGACACCUCUGCCAACCCUGACCUCGUCGCCUGCGUCCACCUUUACAAACGACGCACCGGCCGAGAGCAAGAGGCCGAGAACAAGCCAUGGCAACGAAGGACGCUCCGCUAGGAGUUCGGGAGGCCGCAGCGCCUCGAGACCGCCCCGCGGCCUCAAGACUCGAAGGUCAUCGUUGCAACUGCGAACCCAGACUGAGCCGGCAGUCGGCAGGCCACCUUCCAGCGCGGCGACGGAGAGUUCGGCGUAUCCUGUCGACCGAGAGAAGCGAAGCCUCUUCAAGCGCAAGGACAGCCAAGAGAGGCGGGAAGGUGUUGCAUCGUCUGCAGGUACCAGCAGCAGGAACGGAGCACCCAAGCGCCGCGGCAGCCUUAGGGACGCUGUCACGACGCGGCGGCCAUGGCGGUAG